ACAAUAUUCAUCUUCUCGUUCCGUUCUGUCAACCCCUCGCUUUCUCCCUGAACAUUGCAAGACGAUCAACUCCUUGAAUUCCACACGCUUGAUCUGGUAAGCAAGUAUUAUGCACAUCCCGAAGCCCAAUCCUGCAACAUGAAAAGGUCCUGGUCUGUCUACAAUUCUGGUUCGGGUUUUUCCAAUGCCAAUACCGGCCCGGGGGCUCAGUAUAACAACAACGCCGCCGGGUCUCAAUACAACAACUACUAUAUAGAUCCAACAGCUCCUUGCUCUGGGACUGAUCAAGAACGUGAGCGUCUCAAACGUGAGAAGCAAGAAUGUCUACAAUCCCUCAGCUUCACCGACAUCGACACACGGCGGCAGAAUAUCGACCAAGUUCAUCCCAACACCGGCGAUUGGAUUUUUAAGACCACUGAAUUUCUGCAAUGGUGCGACCGAACGAUGUUACCGGGGCACAAUGGUGUGCUUUGGAUCAAAGGUCAUCCAGGGACAGGAAAAUCGACGCUGAUGAAGCAUAUAUGGAGACACUUCCAAGACACUGGCCAUACCAUUGCUACCUACUUCUUCAACGCUCGCAGCUUCUCAUUAUUGGAGAAGACAGCUCUUGGCAUGAUUCGUUCUCUGUUGUGCCAGCUCCUCGUAGAGGAAGAGUCAACUUACCAGCAUUUUCUUCCUGUCUUCCGAAGAAAGAAACAAAUGCACAAUAAGUGGGAGUGGGGAGAGGCAGAGUUAAAGGAAUUUCUUCUCUCUGAGAUGCAGAUUUACCAGGGGAAGCCACUCGUCCUCCUUGUUGAUGCAUUGGAUGAAUGCAGCGACUUACAGGUUCAGAAUGUGGUAGACUUCCUCAAAGCUUUGAGUAUCAGUGAAGUGAAUGUCAGCAUUUGCUUAUCGAGCCGCCAUUAUCCACACAUCAUCAGCAUGGGGGUAUUUCAAGAACUGGUUGUGGAAAAAAAGGCUGGGCAUAACACCGACAUUGCUAUGUACGUCCAUGAUAAGCUGGCUAUGGCGGAUUCACGCAUCGCACGCAUUGAGGAGGGGGUACUCAACAAGGCAUCCGGUAUCUUUAUGUGGGUCGUGCUCGUCGUCGCCAUGUUGAAAAAGGCAUAUGCCAAUGGCAAGGUGGGAGCGAUGGAGCAGAAGUUGCGCGAGGUCCCCAGUGACCUUGACGAGCUGUUUUCGACGAUCCUGAGCAAGGAAAAUCCGGAUAAGCAGGAGACGAUCUUAAUGCUGCAGUGGGUUUUGUUUGCAGUACGACCCCUAGAGCCGGAAGAGCUGUACUAUGCCACGCUGGCCGGCACCGGUGUCACAAACCUAGGACCUUGGGAUCAGUCACAGCUGACAGCUGACGACAUCCAGCGGUGCAUAACCUACUCGUCGAAAGGGCUCAUCGAGGUUCCUAAAGCCGAGAGUACGGUUCAAUUUAUCCACGAAUCUGUCAAAGAUUUCCUCCUACGAAAUCAGCGACUUCAGAGUCUGGACCCAACGCUUGGGUUGAAUCCCAUCGGUCAAUCCCAUGAUCGGUUGAAAACUUGCUGUUUGUCUUUCAUCGAAACCAAUGCUUCGAUUCUGGAUGACAUCUCGAUGGAUGGUGACUCGAGCAAGAGGGAUGAGUUUCAUCUCAAAUACCCCUUUUUGAAGUACGCAUCUUUGCAUUGGCUCGAUCAUGCUGAGGCAGCAGAGGCGGGAAAUGUCUCACAGACAGGAUUUAUGAAGGGGAUAAAAGAAGACCCUGGUGUUGAGCGACUCUCGUGGUUUCAUACAUGCUUUUGCAAUGGGAAAGAAUCAUUUGCAAAAUGUAUAAUUGGCUACGACCUGUUGUGCACUUCCCUUGCUCAUCAACACAACAGAGUCGCGAGAAUUCUUCUCGAGCAUGGCACCGACAUUAGCCCACAGGGCUGGAAUUACGGCCUUGCCUUACAUGCGGCUGUAUCCAAUGGCCCCAAGGAGAUGUCCGAGAUGGAGGGAAGUACGGUACCGCGUUACAGGCUGCUCUGGCUUCUCCAUACUACCACUCUUUCAGAGACGGGUCUAGAAACCUGAGAAAUGUUACAACGUUGCUUCUCGAUCAUGGCGCCAAUGUUAAGGCGCAAGGCGGAAGAUACGGUACCGCAUUGCAGGUGGCCAUUUCAAGAGGUCAUAAGGAUAUAGAAUGGCUUCUUCGCGAGUACGGCGCUACUGAGUAGCAGUCUCCGGAGGGAAGAACUGUUGGGGAGAAUGUCUGACGACUUCCAAAGAGUGGAUGUCUCAAAGCAACUUUGUAUUCCUUGCGCAAGUCUAGUCGAAAGAGGGGGGAAGGGGGAGUCUACAAUCCGAUGUACUUUGGUCUUUACGUAUAUUUGUGGUUGCAAGUUUCCUAUAAAUCUAG